GCAAUCUGUUUGCCAUUUCGCCCUAAUUGCGACCAUCGUUCAAUCUUUUUCCUUUCUCCCCCUUCCUCCUUUUUUUUCAUCCCCUCCCUCUGAGCAAUUGCCUCGCAUCAAUAAACUCCGUCGUUAUGCAUCCUUUACAACGAGCGUCAUUCGUAGUGGCAGUGGCGGCAAGCCGAUACUCGACUUCAGCUUUUCGGAUUGGUGGGAAUCAACGGGUGCUUCGAGAUCUACUACGUUCGCCUAGGAGGGGUGGUUUGGGGAGUGGGAGUGCGAUGCUGGGCGGAGGGGCAAGGUUUGGUGUUCUUCGGAGUGAAUUUUCUACCUUGCGGCCGCUAUAUGAGAGAGUAGAAACUUCCGGUGCCAGUGGGGAAAGAGCAGAGGCUUCUUCCUCCUCCGGUACAGAAGGAGAGAAAGAGAAGGAGAAGGAGAAGGAAGAGGAACAAGAAGAGGAACAAAAGAAGGAAGAGCCGCCCCCACCACCUCCCCCACACGGCGAUAAAUCUCCCCUGACGGUAUUCUACGAAACACUUCAAUCCGAAUUCAAGAAGUCCCAGGAAUGGCAAGAGUCGACAAAGCAACUCGCCUCCAGUGCCCAGCAGUUUACUGAAUCACCUGCGGUGAAAAAGGCCCGGGAAGCGUAUGGCACCACCGCACAAGUCGCUGAGAAGGUUGGUGGUAAGGCCGCUGAGACCCUAGGCAAGACUGCCUCGGCGGUUGGUAAGGGUGCGGUGUGGACUUGGGAGACUCCCGUAGUUAAAGUUGGCCGAGCGGCGGUAAGGAAGACCGGAGAGGGCGUAGCGACCAUAACUAAGCCGGUACGGGAGACGAAGGUGUAUAAGGACGUGGUUGGGAACGUCAAGGAGGUCAUUGACGACGGGAGUAGUAGUCGGUACGGUGGAUACCUGGAGCGGGAGGAGCGUAAGCGACAGAGGUUGCUAAGGGAGAGCAAAGGCGGUGCUAAAAUCGAGAAACGUGAAGAGAAUCCAAACGCGGGGACAAACGUGACCCUACACAAAGACGCUGCAUGGAAAGAAUCCUGGCGAACCUUCCGCGAUAGCAACAAACUCAUGCAAUCUCUCUUCACUAUGCGCAAGUCCUAUGAGGAAUCCGACAACCCGGUAAUAUCCGUAACCCGCUCAAUUGCUGACCGCUUUGCCGGUUUCUUCGCUGAGAACGAAACUGCCCUCGUGAUCCGCAAAUUCCGAGAAAUGGACCCAAACUUCCAGGUCGAGCCCUUCCUGCGCGAGCUCCGCGAGUACAUAUUGCCCGAGGUGCUCGAUGCUUACUGCAAAGGGGAUACAGAUGUGCUUAAAGCCUGGCUGAGCGCGGCGCAGUAUAACGUCUACGCGGCUUUGAACCAACAGUACACUGCCAAUGGACUUAAGCUCGAUGGGAAAGUCUUGGAUAUUAGGAAUGUGGAUAUCCUCUCCGCUAGGAUCCUUGAGCCGGGGGAGAUACCGGUUUUCAUCAUCACCUGUAGGACGCAGGAGGUGCAUGUUUACCGGGACUUGAAGACGGGCGAGUUGAAGGCGGGCAUGGAGGAUAAGGUGCAGCAGGUCACGUACGCUAUCGGGAUCACCAGGCUCCCCGAUGAAGUGGCGAAUCCGGAGACGAACGGGUGGAGGCUUAUUGAGUUGCAGAAGAGUGCUAGGGAUUUUAUUUGAUCGUUUUGACCACGGUGGUUAUGUUUUUUUCCUUUGCUGCGCUACUUGCACUUGAUUUGGCUUUGAUUCCUUGGUCUUUGGUUGAUUGGUGGAAUGGUUGGUGGAUUGGUUCCGUAUAUGUAUGUUCUUUUUAGAUAUGGGUCUCGGAGUUAUUUUUGUUCUCGUUCUUUUUCCCUUUUUUUACAUGGUUACCUCUUCUUGGGCUUCAUCUCCGUCUACCCCAUUUCUCUUGCUAGCUUUCACAAAAGUUCUGACCAAAACUCAAUUUUUUAUUUGUUUUUCAUUUCUCUUCUCCUGUAAAUGUUUUCUUAGACCUUUACGACGACGCAACUCUUCUCCUCUCUAUUUUCUGUUACGUUGCCUGAUCUUGUAUAUUCAGCGGUCUGGGGUAGGUAGGCGGGUGUUAGUGUAGACUAUGGUAUCAUAUCAUACCCGAAGUUUACCUGGAGUGAGUGCACUUUAAGGUAGAGAGGUUCUUGUCUGAGUUGGUGAGUUGACCCGAUUCAGGACAGGCGUUGUAUAGGUCGGUUUUAGAUUGCAAAAACUCCCGGUCGGGCGGUAGGGACUGAAAUGUAUCAUAGUUAUCAUAAUUGAAAAACAAAUUUGGAUAUCGCGGAUACGGGGAGCAAAUGAAGGGGGUUUUUCCUCAGUAGGUAUAAUACCACGAGUGAUCGCUUGUGACGAUCAUUCAGGGAACAUGUAUAGGGGAACUUGAGUCGACACUUGAUUAACUAUAUAGUUAGAGUGUACGUGAGGUUUUGCACGUGGCGGGCGGUUUAUCCACAGUGGCCAUGCCUUCCCGAGAGAAGUCUACAGGGAGGUCGGGCCCUGCGCACUCCGCAGAGUUCAACAUCUGCCUCACUGCCUCUGGCUGGUUGUGUGUCGGUCUGAUGAUUGGGCGGCUGAAGUUUUAUGCAUGAUAUAGUGCUGUAGACCGCGGGGGUGGUCAUACAGCUUCACUCAUAUCACCUGUAAUUAUGGAAUUGGAGGUGGGGGUCUUAUCCUGGAGGGGGCAGGUUUCGGUGAUUGGUCACCCUGUCAAUAUUCCGUGUUCUGGUGUCUUUGUCAUGGGGUGGGGGGGUGUUCAAGGUUGUGGUGACGUUUUUUUGCUAGUUGGGGGCUAUCUGGUCUGAUACUGCUUUCCUUUUAUUUCCCUUCUCUGCUAUGAAAAUUCAACUAGUCAUUCAUUCAACGCCUAUCUCGAGUGAUGGCCGAUGACGUCUCCGGAGAAUGUAUUGUACCAGUGAUCAUGGGUCCAUAUCUCCCCCGUCGUCCCGGGGGUGAUGGAAUGGAAUUUUCUUGGAGGUGGUUUGUAUAUGGGUGUAGUUAUGCGAAAAAGGUACAACUUUGAAAAUGAAACAAAUAAUAUAAUUGAAUUCAUAUAAAACUUCUCUAGCGUGUAGAGUAUCCUUUGAUCCUAAAAACUAUUUCUCAAGAAAAUUGAGUUUGCUGUAGGCCAAUAAA